AUGCUCCAUUCAACAUUGGCUUUGUCUCUCCUGCUAAUUGCAGUCUCAUCCAACCUUGCUAUGGCAAUCAAAAAGGAAAGAAAAGCACCUCAGACAUUAUCAAGAGGUUGGGGAGAUGAAAUAACAUGGGUACAAACUUAUGAAGAAGGGCUUUAUCAAGCAAAAAAAAGUAACAAGCCACUGAUGGUCAUUCAUCAUUUGGAAGACUGUCAAUACUGCCAAGCACUGAAGAAAGCUUUUGCUGAAAAUGAAGAGAUACAAGAAAUGGCCCAAGAUAGCUUCAUUAUGCUGAAUCUCAUGCAUGAAACCACAGAUAAAAACCUGUCACCUGACGGACAAUACGUGCCUCGAAUCAUGUUCAUAGACCCAUCUCUCACAGUGAGAGCUGAUAUCACAGGAAGAUACUCUAAUCGGCUGUACACUUAUGAACCACAAGACAUACCGUUCUUAAUAGAGAACAUGAAGAAAGCACUACGCCUCAUUCAGACAGAAUUGUAAGCUACAGUGAAAUGUUCAUAGCCUCUAGAAGGUGAAGCUGCGCCAAGAAUUCCAACAUUUUAAAGCAUUUUGUUUAGCUUCUUUCUCUGCUAUCUCUCUGAACUCUUACCAACCAGGUAAACCAGAUUUCAUGAGAAAGUUGUACGUAUGAUUUGAAGAGGAAAUAUAGGAGGCUAUCAUUACCAUUUGGGAAACAGAGAAGAAAUCUAUCAAACACUUUGAAGUGGAGUUUGCUACCUGAAUAAUUGAAAGUGAUAGUUUAAGGUGCAUGCAACUUUGAGCUGUAUAUUAUCAAUUGAACUGUAGCUUUAUUGUUAGCUACAACUUCCAAUCAAAAGCUAUAGCCAAUACUUGAUGUCUAUUUACAGUACAAUGAUGUAAGUUAUUAGCUACAUCUCACCUCCGAUUUUUU